CAUUCUCCGCCGCCCUGUCGGCCUCUCGCCGCCCUGAUUGGCGCUCCUGGAAUGACGUAGACGGCCGCCUCGGCCUAUGGUGGAGGAGCCGGCCGGCCGGCCGGGUUUGGCGGAAGUGGUGUGGGCGAGGUGUCCCGCAGUGCGGAGAAGCCUCGCGCCGGAGGGUGCUGGGCACGCGAGCUGCGCUGGGGCCAUCACUUCCCCUCCCUCCGGGCGCCCGGAAGAUGACCCGCUUCGCGCUGACCGUUGUGCGGCAUGGAGAAACAAGAUUUAACAAGGAGAAAAUAAUUCAAGGACAAGGAGUAGACGAGCCUCUUUCGGAAACUGGAUUUAAACAAGCAGCUGCUGCUGGCAUAUUUCUUAAUAAUGUGAAAUUUACUCAUGUUUUCUCCAGUGACCUCACAAGGACAAGGCAGACUGUGCAUGGGAUAUUGGAGAAGAGCAAAGUUUGCAAAGAUAUGACAGUAAAGUAUGAUUCAAGGCUUCGAGAAAGAAAAUACGGAGUUGCAGAAGGCAGGGCACUAAGUGAGCUAAGGGCGAUGGCCAAAGCAGCUGGGGAAGAAUGCCCUGUGUUCACACCACCUGGAGGAGAGACAUUAGACCAGGUAAAAAUGCGUGGAAAAGACUUUUUUGAUAUUCUUUGUCAGCUGAUUCUGCAGGAGGCAGGUGAAAAUGAACAGUUUUCCCGAGGAGCUCCAAGCAACUGUCUGGAAACUUCUCUGGCAGAGAUAUUUCCCUUAGGAAAAAACUGUCCCUCUGAAUCUAAUUCAGACAGCAGUGCUCCAGGAUUAGUCGCCAGUGUCUUAGUUGUGAGUCAUGGCGCUUACAUGAAAAGCCUGUUUAAUUAUUUUCUGACUGACCUUAAGUGUUCCUUACCCACAAGUCUGAACAAAUCUGAAUUUAUGUCAGUCAGUCCCAAUACAGGGAUUAGUCUCUUUAUCAUAAACUUUGAGAAGGGACAAGAAGGGAAGCCAACAGUUCAGUGUGUUUGCAUGUACCUACAGGAUCAUCUCAGUGGAAUGACUGAAACUUGCUAAAUUUAAGUCUACAUCAAAAUCUAGCAGUUUUGAACCUCUGAGGGAGUGCCUUUGGCUUUAUUUCCAUCCUCUGCUAGUGCUGAUUUGGAAACCGUUAAAAAGCUAUGACAGCAGGUUAUGAAGUUUGACUGGAAUCGUGGUCACAGAGAACACUAAGGGAAGAAACCAUUUAGGACCGACUUAUUUUGUCUUGAGUACAGUCGUCAUUUUCCGAAGUAAUUUUACCACCCUGUUCAGUUACAUCUCUGGAUUGUUUAUGGAUCAACCAAUUCGGUAUUGCAAAUUGAGGUAUUAAUGACCUUGUUACUAUGGUUUUUUGUUUUUGUUUUAUGUUGAUUUUUUUAAUAUCUGAAAAAACCUAGCCUGUUUUGUUGGCUCUUGGUAAGAUACUGUAUGUUUUUUACUAUCUCGUUCAGUGCUUGAAAGAAGGAACUAUUUAUAAUUCCCACUGCAUAUUUAUAGUGAGAACACACUGUAUUUUAAGUCUUUAAAUUAAAAAUUCUUAACUACCCUCAGUUUAUAUAAAGCAGAAUGACACUACAAUUUUUAAUCUAGAAAUCAGCUGUUGGAAUUUUUUACCCUGGAGGGUAUGAAACGUGGAUGAAUAAAGAUUAUGAUUGCAGAUUGGUCUGGUGAGGAAGAAUUUAAAACAUCAUUUGACUAAGACACAUUAAAGAAGGAAUCUGAGCAAAAGAAGAUAGAAGAACAGCCUUUUCUUAACUUACAGGCUGAAGAAUUUAGUUUGAGGAAGGCUCUGAAGAACGUACAUGGUUACUAGUGUAGUACACAGUAACCUCAGAAGGAAAAGACUCUUCCUUGGAAAGAAUGUUGCUCUUGCUCUGAUAACCACAACUGUGGGUUUUUGUGGAAGGUACAGUUGCCUCUUUUUUCCACCAGAUGGCACUGGAGAAGCGGGAGUUUAUUUAACUGAAUUUUGUACAUAAGAUUGGCCCCUCAAAAGUCCUUACCUAAAUUGAAGUGUUUUACACUUUUUUUUUAAGUUAUCAUGCUCAUGAAUGCUGUGAGUCUAAACUUACAAGAGUAUUAAUAGUCAAGUUUGUCAGUUAAGGCUAAAAUCACAUAUGGUCAAAAUUCACCUUGGACAGCACUUAAGUCUCUCAUCAAGAUCCAGUGUUACAGUGUUCUCAGCAUGCCCACCCCUGCCCCUUGCCUGCAGAGAGCAUGUGGUUGAGCACUAGAGGGAGUACUCCACAAGGGAAAACUUGGGAAGGGAAUUAAAAAGGACGAGCAAUAGUAAAUGUCCACAUUCUCACCAUCCAGAAGUAAUAACUACCCUCUUCUUCCGUUUUUUUUAAAGAAGUAAUGCACUGAGAUGUAAGUGAAAUUCUUUAACCAGUUCCCUCAGUGCCCCCUUGUACCUUGCAGAGGCCACCACCGCAACGCAACUGUAUAUGUGCAUCCAUUCUUUACGUUUUUACCCACGAUCGUAAGGAAAUGGUGUUGCCUCAGAGUUUUUUAAAAUGUACAUAAAUGUCACCAGCCUGUAUUCUGUAUUUUCACUUACUAUAUCAUGGGGUUCUAUCUAUGUUGGUAUGUAUGGAUCCACUUAUUAUCACUGUAUUCUAUUAAAUAAAUGUGGCACAUGCUCAUUUUGCCUCCUA